AUGCCCCGGUCGGAUCCGAGUGAACAAAGCGUUAGCCCCGGCGGAACCGAGGCCCACGAGGAUGGUGAUGAUCGCGCUCCGCCCCGUAAACGCCAGAGAGUCCGGCUCUCCUGCCUCGAGUGCCGUCGAAGAAAGUUGUCCUGUGACCGGGAGUUUCCAUGCUCCCGCUGUCUUCAGUCCGGUACAUCAGACAAGUGCGAGUAUGAGACCCGGCCCGGCCUGGCACCUCCGAACAAGCUCGGCCUCUCCCAGGGUGCCUUGACGGGUCUGGACUCUCGACUGUCGUUGCCAAGUACCGGAGGAGAGUCGCCCUACUUUCGCAAGGAUGGCCGAGAUCUUGACAGGAUCCGUCGGUUGGAGAUGGAGGUUGCCCAGCUGAGGAACCUCCUCACCAAUAAACAGGGCGGCGCUUUUGUCGACGGCAGUACGCUUCAGGACCACUCACCCCCUGAGCCGAAGCAUCACGAAGAUGACGAAAGAGACAAGGAAGAACCUGAGCUGCCACAGUUCCUGCGGGUCCAGACAACAACGGCCGACAAAGAAGAGCUACGCUUCUUCAGGGGCAAGGAGUUCAAAACGCGAUACUUUGGCCCCCACAGCGCGUUCCUGGCCUUCCAAGAAGUAUGUGACGGUCUUUUACUUUCUUCCUCUCCAUUGGCUCGGAAUGCGUUGGCUAACGACGAGAAGUUGACUGGACUGUGUCCUUUCAUGAAAGAAACCUCCGAGGAGUGGCUUCGACCACACCGGAUCAGCCGGAACAAGGACCGCCACAAGAGGGCCGAGGACCGAGACAGGAAGUUCCGUGAACCAGAUCUUGCGCUGGAAGCUCUCCUUCCCUCCAAGGAGGAAGCUGAUCACAUGGUAUCUAUUUACUUGGACCAGUUCGAGCAGAUUCACCGAAUCCUCCACAUCCCCAGCUUCCGCAGGGACUAUGCCAAGUUCUGGGACCCUAACGAGACUCGUAAUGCAGCCUUCACGGCUUUGAUCUUGUCCAUCAUGGGCAUUGCCAGCUGUUUGGCUGCUAAGCUACCGCACAAGUUCGAAAAGAUGGUGUCGAUCUCUUACGCCAAUGCCAUCAAAUGGAUCGAAGCUGUUGAACGUUGGCAGGAAGUUCAGAGCCAAAAGCAUCGCCGCCUGAUUCACUAUCAGAUCGCCUGCCUCAUCUAUCUUGCCAAGAGAGUCAACACAAUGAAGAAGAAGAGAUAUUGGAAAAAUGCGGGCGCAAUGACACAGGACGCCAUCUCUGUCGGCUUGCACCGGGAACCCAGCCACAUGAGGAGUGACAAGAUCACCCCUUUCCAGCAGGAGAUGCGGAGGAGAAUCUGGGCGACUAUUCAGAGCUACGAUCUUCAAGCAUCCUUUGACCACGGCCUGCCGUCAAUCUUGAGCACUCUACACUACGAUGUCAAUCCGCCGCAUAACAUCGACGACGACGAGUUUGACGAGGACACGAAAGAGCUCCCUCCCUCAAAGCCUCCAACUACAUACACGUACUCUUCCUAUCAGCAUCUCAGUCGCCAGAGCUUGCCGCUUCGCCUGGAGCUGAGCCGGGUGCUCACCGGCCCUCCCGAAGAUCUCGACUAUGCGCGUGUCGUUCGCUACACCGAUGAGAUCAACCGCGAGAUUGAUGCCCUCCCGUCAUGGGAUGUAAGCGAUGCAGACAAUGAGGAUACGGACGAACAGCAAACUCAGAAGAAGCCUUUGCUUGCCUAUACACUUUUGCACAUCCAGCUUCGCCAAUACAUCAUACCUCUGCACCAGCCCUUCCUUCGUCUUCGCAAACAAAACUCCAAGUACCAAUACUCGGAGAUUAUCUACUACAAUGCCGCCAGGGAUAUGGUUCUCCUCAACGACCAACUUUUCCAGCAGGGCAUUCGCACACUCAACUUUCUCCGUGAGGACAGUCUAACACUGGCGAUCAAUCUCUGCAGUGUCACCAUGCUUCAACCACGCGGGUCAACUAAUAUGAUCAUGAUCAACAGCAAGCACACGGUGGAGGCCCUGGAGAAGUGCCUGGCCAUGAAGGAGGACCGGAUCUUGAGGUGCGGGAACAAUGAGCCCUGGGGAUACAGCAUUAUGUGUGCUGCCUUUGGGCUUUUGGAGGCUCACCUAGGGAUCAAAACCUCACAGGAAGCAAAGGCAGCCAGUGCGGACAGGUUCGUGACGUUACACUACAAAGUGAUGGCCGGACAGGAUCCGCCUGUUUCGAGCCAGCCGACGGGCUCUCAACCUGGUCCGUCGUUAGUAGGGGCAACGCCAGGACGUGGCGGACCGGUUACACACGGGCCAUCGCAAGGCCACAGAAGGGUCAAUAAUGGACCGUUCUCUGCACCUCCCGGAGGCGGCCCAUCAGCACCAUUUGACCCUUUUUCCAGAGACAAGGUCUGUGCCUCAUUUUCAUCACCGUCGGAUACCACUUCUCAUAUUCAGGGAUUCGGUCGGGAUGUCCGGAACGUGCGAGAUCGGGGGCUGACGAAUGGCUCGUUUCCGCAGGGGAUGACUCCUUUUCAACAACAACCACAGCCGCAACCGAACCCGCAUGGAAUUGCGACAGGAAGCAACAACAACGGUAUGGAGAUGCCAGUAAAUCCUUGGUGGGUCCCCAACACGGACACGCUGGGGGAGAUCCCGGUCAACUUUGAACAGCUCGGGUAUAGUGUCAAUGAACUUUGGGGCGGUGGGACGGUGACCUGGGAUUGGGAUGCGAUGAUGGGGUCGUAA